AAUGAACUAUUCCAACAUGAAUGGAAUAACCAAAUCAAUCAAUUCAAAAGAAUUUCGUGACGAUUGCCAACCGAUCGAAUAACAAUAUUUUAACGAACGUUCGAUUUCGUAGUGGAUAUUGCUUAAACAUUGUCGCGUGCGUGUUUGUUUGUUCAUUUUUUACACAUCAGCUGUAAAUAUUACAUGAGCAACUGUGUCGCGGUGACCAUAUUGUGUGUACGAACUCGCGAGGACUCGGAACAAAGAUUGUUACAAUAUUUACUUUUAUCACAGCCUUAUCAUAAUUCAGGUUGUUUAAGUGAUUUCAUGGCGUUGCUGACGUCCGUUCGCGCGUAAUUACCUCAGAUAUGGCGACGAGUAGGACGGCACAAUCCGAGUUGCAGAAAAAUAUCAACCGCCGUCCCGCAGACUCGCGUACGAUGUGAAUUUUGAGAGAAAAAACAUGAGAAAAAUAAAAUAAAAAGCAUAUAAAUAUAAAAAAAUAAGUGUUUAAAGUGGUUUAAGUGUCGAAAAACGCAUUCCGUUCAUAUAUUAAUGCUCAAAAGUCGUGUUUUACAAAGUGCUGUGCUCAAAAAUAUCUAGUUCCUCAAAAAUGGCUAGUGACUCCAAAUACGUCCAUUAUUGCAUACAGUGAAUUGAAUAAGUGGUUUUUAAGUGCAAAUUAGUGUGUGUUUAAUUAGUUUUUUUCUACAAAAAAUGGUUUAAAUUACAUCGCGAGUGCCAAAAGUUUGAUACAGCGACAUCUGUCGUGUGAUGGACUGUUUUGUUUUGUGCGGGAUUGCGUACAGCGCCAUCUGUUGUUGAGUAGCGGCGAUGCUUAGUACCUGAUAUUGCCAUGGAGGCCGGUUUCAUACCGGUUGGCAGUGGGAAUGGCGGGGGCGCGACGCAAACUAGUUCCGUGGUGGCGCCACCAGCGAAUGUUAUUCGCGCGCCUGGUUUGAAGCGCGGAAAAAUGGAAGAAGCUAUUUCGGAUCGGAUAAAGUUGGAGAGUGUCCUCGGCCUGACGGUUGGCAGUAACGCAGCCCUCGACUGUGAUCCUAACACUGAGCUAGUCGCUUAUCCUGCAGGAUGCACGGUAGUACUCUACAAUGUGCGCAAGAACAGACAGACACAUGUGCUCAACGCGUGUCGGAAGAGUGUCACAUGCGUGGCGUUCUCCCCCGACGGGAGGUACCUGGCUACGGGGGAGUGCGGACACGCCCCCGCCGUCAGGGUGUGGGACUUACAGGAUCCCACAGCGUCGGGUGCGGUACAAAUAGGGGAAUUCAUUGGACAUACACAUGGAGUUAGCUGUGUGGCGUUCUCCACAUCAUCGAAAUACCUCGUGUCGAUAGGGUCCCAACAUGACAUGAUAGUCAACGUUUGGGAUUGGCGAGCUAAUCUGAAGCUGGCUAGUAAUAAGGUGUCAUCUCGCGUGAAAGCGGUGAGCUUCUCGGAGAACGGCAACUACUUCGUGACAGUCGGCUUCAGGCACGUCAAGUUCUGGUAUCUCGAGUACUCCAGGAGUGCUAAGUUCAAAGAACCAGUCCCCCUAAUGGGCCGCUCCGCCAUCUUAGGGGAGCAGAAAGACAACGAGUUCUGCGACGUGGUGUGCGGCCGCGGAGCCUCCGCCGACUCCACAUACGCCAUCACAAGGGCUGGUCUACUCUGCGAGUUUAAUAGUAGACGGCUGCUGGACAAAUGGGUCGAGCUCAGGACAACAUCAGCGAACUGUAUGGCGAUAGGCGCGAACUACAUCUUCGUGGGCUGCGCGGAGGGCAUCGUGCGGUGCUUCGCGCCGGACUCGCUGCGGUAUAUCACUACGCUGCCCAGGACGCAUUAUCUAGGCGUCGAUGUGGCGCAGGGGACUAAUAUUAGCCACAUGUUCACGCAGCCACAAAACGCGCGGUACCCGGACGCCGUAGCUCUGACGUACGACGAGCGAAACCACAAGCUGACUUGUGUAUAUAAUGAUCAUAGCUUGUACGUGUGGGAUGUUAGAGAUAUUAAGAGGGUCGGCAAGUCCCAUUCAGCACUAUACCACUCAGCCUGCAUCUGGGGGGUAGACAUGAACAGCAACGAACGCCCCCUCCCCCCCGGGACCUUCCUCACCUGCUCCAGUGAUGACACCGUCCGGCUGUGGCAGCUGACCCCAGCACCCACCAACAUAUACAGUAAUGAGCUGAACAAAAUAUUCUACAUAGACCCCGAGCUGAAAUUCCUGAAGGACGUCGAUCUGACCGCCACUAACGAUAAGGAUAAGUCCAAGUCCUACGACGAUAAGACUGGAGUCAGAUGUGUACGAGUAUCUCCGGACGGCCAACACGUGGCGGCUGGAGACCGCGCCGGCAACGUGUGGGUUCACGCAGCCACCGGUGCUCUAUUACAUACACUCGAAGCUCAUGACGCUGAAGUACUGUGUUUGGAGUACGCGGCAAGGCCGAGGCUUCUUGCAUCGGCCAGUCGCGAUAGAUUGAUUCAUGUGUUCCAAGUGGAUAGGGGUUACCAAAUAAUGCAGACACUAGACGAGCACUCGUCGUCCAUCACUGCGGUGCGGUUCCUGAGCUCCGGGGCUGGACUGCAGAUGGUGUCUUGCGGGGCUGAUAAAACUAUACUGUUUAGGCAGUUGAGACAUUCACAAGACGGCGGCUACCAGUUCCAGCGAGGUCAGAACGUUUCGGGUCGAACUACACUGUAUGACAUGGAAGUAGAUGCGGGCGGCAGACAUAUACUUACUGCUUGUCAAGACCGCAACGUUCGAGUGUACAGUGCCGCUCACGGUCGACAUACGAAGACGUUUAGAGGAACUACGGCUGAAGAUGGCACGCUUAUAAAGGUGGCGCUAGACAACAGCGGCAUCUACCUAGCUACAUCCAGUACGGAUAAGAUACUCAGCGUGUACGACUACUACUCCGGCGAGUGUAUGGCCACCAUGUACGGACACUCCGAAAUAGUUACCGGACUUAAGUUCACUCCCGACUGCCAGCACUUGAUAUCAGCUUCAGGAGACGGAUGUAUCUUCGUGUGGCGAGUACCACAUGAUAUGGUGGUCACCAUGAGAGCCAGGCUCGCUCAGCAGGCCAUACGACAGGGCAAGAAAGUCACAGCGCCCAGUAACGGCAUGUCAGGCUUGGACAGCGAGAGUGACUCGCACUUCGGGUCGCCGCCUCGGGAGUUGCCUUAUGAGGAAAACAAGUUCACCACUCCCGUUGUACCUGAUUAUACUCUCCGCAUCGGGCGUCUACCAACGUGGGCUAAGAAGAGUUUAGGCGACGAGGCGGUGGCCGGCGAAUCACCCGCUCCCGACCCGCCUGCUAGAGGGAAGUGGGCCACUAGGAUUAAUCCUAAUACUGAAAAACGCGGCGACUCCGACGGUUCUAAAGACAGUUCACUGGACAGCGGCACCGACACUCGAUACAUAGAGAAGAGAAAAGACGCCACCAGUGUCAAACAGAGACCGAAGUCGCUGAAUUUAUCUCAACUGCCUCGAGUCGAAGCUCUGUUCAGGAAUUUCGAUGCGACCAUGAGAAAAACAUACGAUAUUCUCACAAUAUCUCCGAGGGUUGAAAAGGUUACGAUUAAUUUGUCGAAAAGUCGCGCGACUGAGACGCGGACGCGACACCACACCGACGAUUCGUCGCUCGGCAGUUUUAAGUAUGAGGACCAGGAGUCGACAGAACACGACGGUGAUAUAGAAGACAUAUCCGAUGGCGAGAGGACCUCGUCUUCGGAGCGCGGCAACAGGACUACCUACUAUCCUGGCAAUAAUGAUGAUGAGACGCCUGGUGAAUUCAUGGUAAACGCAAUGGACGCUGAAGAGCUUCGGGAAUCAAUGCGUCGCUCUAAGCGGUGGACGGGAGAGGCGCGGCUGGAACUGCCCCCCCCUCACACCAAGCUCAGCGGCACUCCUCAGGACUCUGAUGAUGAUGAGGUUUCAACCCCAUCGGGCGACAACACAGAACGCAACCCACUCUCCGGUUCGUGUGAGUCACUGGACACGGCCGGGCGGCGCGAGAAGUACAUCAAGUCUGCCUUCGACAGCCUCAGUGGCGCUGAGAUGGAAGCCACUUUAACCGGAGGCAACACAUCAUUAUCAGCGCAGCACCUAUCCCGGGCCCCGGCGCCGCCCCCGCGUCCGUCUCCGGCGCCCCGCACCCCGCGCACCCCCGACCCCGAGGCCGCCAGACGGAGGGAGGAGCUCAAUAGGAGGAUAUUGGAAACUAGGAGGCAGUUGGAGAGCGUGGCGUUCCGAUCCAACUUAAAAUCCAGUCAGUCCACAACAGAUUUAUCAUACAUUCCUGAAAAGGAUAGCUCAAGACGCAACCGUCCAGUUUCUAUGGCUAUCCCAUCCAAUUCCAGGCCUUAUGGAAUUGUACCAUGUCCCGAAGAAAACUUGGACAGUCUCAAUUCGAACUAUUUUGACAGCUUAAACCCUUACCUCGAUUAUCGAAACAAGAACCCUUAUGCUAUACCUGCGAAUUUAAACCACAAAAUUAUACCAGAUUAUUUAGAUAACGCAGCACCCUACGUACCACCUCAUGGAAAUGUAGGUACAACUCAAAAUGAUAGACGAAACAUGCAUUAUAUUCCUUUCGAUACAAAACCUAUGGUCUUUAAAGAGCAGCAGCCUCAAAAGCCUCUAGCUUUCGUAGUAGACAUGAAAAAACCAGCUCCAACUAAAGUCUUUAACCGUCUAUUUCCCGAAAAAGAACCUAAGCCGAGAAAUUUUACCUUAAACUUGACUAAGAAUGAUGAGAAACCAGUUGUACCUAAGUCUACGAAGCCAGCUCGAAGUAUAUUUAAGAAUUACAAGUCUUGUCCAGUUUCACCAGUUUCUGAAGAGUGCAAAUGGGCUGAUAAAGCGAAUCAGCAAAAUCAAAAAACUGAUACGAAUUCUCUAGACCCCAAAAAACGUAAUUCUUUAAGUUUCUUUGUAGGUUUUGACGGUAAAAGUAUGAGAGAUAGCGGUAAAAGUAUAGUUGAUACUAUAAAGUCAGAUACAGAGAAAAUGAUUGCUGAAAUUACUAAGAAAUAUGGUGAUUUAGAUGAGUAUGAUGUUGCUAGAGGUCAGGAUGACCUUGAUUUGAAACCUACUAAAGAAAAGGACGAUGGUAAUUUUUCGUCAGACUCCUUAGAAGACUGUAGCUUAAGCCAAGACGCUAGUUGCAAAAACAAAUUGUUCUCCAAAAAGGUUUGUAAGAAACACACAAAAAAUCUACCAAGAAGAGCUGUUUCGAACUAUGAAAUUUAUGGAGGAGAAAAGCCUGUGGUACCAGCAAAGCCUGCGUAUAUAGCCAAUCAGAAGAGUUCCACAUUACCUAGGAAUAUGCCUUCGAAUCUAGACGAUAUCGAUGAAGAUUCGAUGAAGUACAACCCUAAUAUGUAUCGAUGCCAAAGUGUUUUAACUAAGAGAUGCAUCACUAGAUCCAAUGAAUCAGUUUUGAGUGAUAAUUCUAACUGUUCUAGUAUCUCCAAUGAGAUUUUCUUAAAGUAUGGUAAUGAGGUAGCCUUCCAACAAGCUAAGUUUGACGGCAGUCGGUACAAUUUGAACGACUCACAAAAUUGCUCGUACGAAAAUAUACACGAAACUGAUUAUUUAGAAAACCAUAGACAUAGCAGUGCAAGUUUCUUCUUAAACCAAAAGAAAUAUAUGAAAAACAGUUGUAGUCAAGAAUCUGUUUUAUCAGACGACUUUUUGGAUAACGAAAACCAACUUUGCAGAACUAAUUGUAAUUCUCUAGAAAGUGUUUUAUCUGAUGAUUCAGAAUGCACUAAAAGUGCUCCUUUAGAAAUGUUAUUUGAUGGAGCUAAGCCUAAGAAACAACAGAAAAAUCAAAGCAUGCCAAGGAACAGCAAAAGCUGUUACGAAUUUGAUAAUACUUCAAAGAGUUAUGGAUCAAGUCCAAACAACGCUUAUUUCGGAUACAUGUAUAACAAUUACUUAGGAGAUGCUUCUAGUCCUAAUUACAGAGAAAGUAAGCCAAAUACUGUUACUACGACUCCAAAACCAGCUGCGAAAGUGUACGGUUUUGACAUCCCAGUUGACGGACAUAAAACUGUUACUAGAUCUAAGAGUUUAUACGAUUCAUCUUCAAAACAACCUCCUCCAGCUAAGAAUAUUGCGUAUUAUUUCGACGGAAAUAAUAUCCAGCAGUAUAAUAAAGAGAAGAAACUGAGUGAUGAAAUACCACGGUUGAAUAAGACUGAUUAUAUGGUGAAUACUAGCAAAUCUUUACAGCCAAAAUUCGCUGAUAAAUACAAGAGUGAGAUGCAAGGUUGUGAACAAAAUGCUAUGGUCAAAUCUAAAAGUUGCAGUUUUGAAGUCGUGUUAGAACCGGCUUCUAAACCAAAUCCUUUGAAAAAUUUGAUGGAGAAACGAAACUCGCAUGUGCAGAAGAAUUUGGAGAAAUUCGAAGAGCAAAUAAGAAAGAACACACAAACUAAAGUUAAUAAGAAUCAGUUGAACAAAGAAAAAUCUAACGGCAAAUAUAAUAACGCUACAAAAAGUCUUGAAAGAGGUUCUGGACAAAAAAAUAAUAAUACUAAAAUAACUAUGGAGUUUGUACCUCAUAAGCCUCCGAAACCUAUCAAAAGAACGUCUUCAGUUAAAAUGAAUAAUAGACUCAAAGCUGGCAUAGAAAAAUCAGGACUGACGUCAUCAAUAUCGUCUCAAUAUAAAGCGAAAUUAGACGGUUUACAUAAUAAAAACUAUUUAGCCAAUAAGAAGCCAGAAGAUGCGAAUUCAAACGUAGAACCUGAUAAUAGUGAGAAACAUUUUGACGUUUUUGUCAAAGAAAAAGAUGUAAACGAAAAUAAGUCUGAAAUACAAAUGGAUAGUUUAGAAGUUUACGCGAUGCAACGAAUGGAAAGAUUAAAACAAGUCAGCAUGGAUUCUUUAGAUGUUGACGCAAAUGAUUUUGCUAAAGAUUCUUUAGACUAUUAUGCGGAACAGGAUAAUAAACUAUACGCCAAAACGGCUAAAGAUCAGUUGAAUUUAAAACUAGCUAGAAACGAUUUAUCAAGGCCUUCGCAUAGUCGACAGAGUGAAACUAAAGAGAAUAUAUCCCCAGAAAUGAGCGACGAAAUAAAAAAAUACAAAAACAUCGAAAGGAAAAUAGAGAUAAUAAACAAAUUAGUGGAAAUGGAAGAAAAGAGGAUCCUACAAGAGAAAAUACUCAAAGAAUGGAGAAUGAGACCUUUGAAAGCCAAUAUAAACGACGGGAAAGGUGUUGUGAAACUCCUAUCUAGAAAGUUCGAAAAACUUGCUACUAAGCAAUCGUCAACAGUUCAUAACUUCGCUUCAUUAACUUUAGAAGAAGCUGAUACAGAUACUGAUACAAAUUCAGAUGCUAAAGAAAUAAAAAGAAACUUAAGUCUACCAGACAUUCUAGAUUCGGACCAGAUAGGAGGUCUAGUUACCGUCGGACGAGACAUAACCAACGAAGCCGGCAACACAGGACCAGUAGAAGACGUAAAACUAAAUAACACAAUACAAGCAGAAAUAGGGGUCCCACCAAAAAGUCUAAAGCAAAGAGUUUACAACGAAAUGGUAAUACCGAAAACAGACGUCCACUUAGACAGCGAAAAUUACGAAUCGUCCACAACCAGUUCAAGUUGCACGAAUUCCCCGAAAAGACUAUCUUUUUACGGCUUUAACAGACCGAAGACGCCAUUUAGAAAGAUCAUAAGAGGUCCUACGCCGCGUCUGUGUAUGGAAAACCGUCUGUUUCCGCAUAAAAUAAGACCGGUACUUUACGGUUCGCCUAGGGGUUCUUGUUUAGCGAAAAGGGUGCCUGUCCAAAAUCCGGUUUUGCCGUCGAAAUUCUCGCCAACGCAAGCUUCUUCAAAACCUUCGACGCCUCAAAACGGCAACAACAGUAAGUCCCCGGGGAACUUCGUGCGACCGGCGCCGCGGUAUAACAACAAGUCUAACAUGACUAGGAGUUCCAGUGUUGGGGUACUCAACCAGAGCGACUCAGAAUCCGAUCCUCAACCGUCUCGCCAGCAAUCCUCAAGGCCUCAAGGCCUCAUGAGGCCCACGAUAUCGUCGAUGAACAAGGCCGCGGCUAACACUGCGAGGAGACGAGGCCUGGCCAACGCUUAUAGUGCGGUGAGCCUUGCGACCGGCGCUAACGAGGAGUCCAGCUCCGAAGCCGACGAGAGAAACAACGGCGAGGGUCCCGUGGCAAGACCUAGGGCUUCAUCUGUUGACCACAGCCAGAGGAGAAUCGGUCGUAGCGGCAGCGAACGCGACCUUUCGGCGAAGGCGCGGGAAGUGACGGCCAGACUGACUUCCAACACACGGCAGAGACCUAAGGAGACGCCUGCUGAUGCUAACUUAUCGUCGUCGCAGCUAUGUUCAGCUCUGACGGAACAGCUGACGAAGACGGCCUGCAAGGUGGUGCAGCUCUACGCCAGCUUGCAGCGGGAGCCCAACGCUGCCGCUGACAUCAGUGGUCUAGAAGCAGCCAUACUAGAAACUCAGAAAGUCCUCCGAAGCGCCGUCACCCGCACUCAGAACGGAGACCAAGCUCUCAGCAGUCUGUCCUCCACUGACGGAGAGUACCUCAAUGUCGACAGCACCAGGCAUAAGCUGCAGCAUCUUGUGUCUAAAGAAGCAACAAACACAAGCAACCCAGCGAUGUCUUUAAUAGAGCAAUACUCAGAUAUUCUACUAAAUAUGAUGCAGACUAAGAUGGUUAACCAGUUCUCACAACCACAGAGCCUACCACCAAAUACGAGGGAACCCGGUAACGAGAGCUAGUAGCGGUAAAAACAGCAAUAAAACUUUGGUAGAAAACGGAUAAAACUUUGGUAGAAACCGGGAAAACUUUGGUAGAAACCGUGAACGUUUGGUAGAAAUCAUGUUGGAGGUUCAAAAGUGUUUUGUGACUAGAAGUGUGUGGUUUUUUGGAAAAAUGUGUAGUGACUGUGAACCGGGUUUAUUGUAUGAACUUUAAAAAAUAAGCGUUAUAAUCUUUGGUAUUAUUGUUGUAACCAAAAUCGACCUUUUUAACGAAGGUUUUAACCAAAAUGUACUAGUAAUAAUAAUUAACUAUUAUUAAAUGUGAAAACGAUUUGUGAAAACUACAUCUGUCCAUGGUAGAAAAUCGACCAAAUAAUCGAGUCGAAAUAAAAAUAUCGAUAUGAAAAGUCGAUUAGUUUUAUCGAUUUACGUCGCUUAUCGUUAAAGAAAGUGAUAUUUAAGUAACUUUAGUAAAUAAUAAGACCUUUUUGAGUGCAAUCGGAAGUCGAAAAAGUCAUUUAAAAGCCUAAUCAAUUUAAAUACUAGAUAUGCAUCACUUUUUCACCUGACUUUUCUUAUAUUUCUAUCUCUUUGGUGUCCUAACUUAUUCAUAUACCUAUUUAAAUCUAAUUAUAUAUUUUUUUCGUGCACCAUUCACCAACUUCCAGACUCCGGGCCGACUUCUGAAAGUUUCUAAAACACACAAAGCGAUUUUGGCCCAGUCCGGGCGUUAGACCCGAGACCUCAGUUAUAAAAAUACAUAUUUUCUAUUUAAAUUAACUAGGCUUCUAAAGUGACAUAACCCAGAAUCGAGAAUGACGUUAUAUAAAAUGUAAAUAACGAUUUUAAAUUAAAUAAAAUACUAAUCUAAGUCGAAAUAGUUACAUUUGUCAAUUUUUAAAAUGAUAGUCGCUGUUUUGUAGCGACGCCGCCAUCUUGAAUAUUUAUAAACUUAAAACAACGCCAUCUGUGUUUUGAAAUAUGAACUACAGGCGUUUGGAUGUAACGUGUAUUUUGUUGGUGUAAAAAUCUUUGGGUGAAUUUUGUCAAAAAAUAAUGUUUCUUUGAAAAAUGGGAGAACUCGAAAUUUUAUUUCAUCAUUAACAUAUUUUUUGCAAUUCAUCUGUAAACUAUUUUCUGCGGUUGUACUCGCGUCUGUUAGUAUUAAAAAUACCUUUCGAAAUACAUAAGAUGUGCCACUUACUUACCAUCAUCUCAAUUGGUAGUCAUUUUGUAUUGAAAGAUUUACAAACAAAUUUUCGCAUUUUGAAUACCUAACCUCAACGCCCUUUCUGGCAAGGUCGUCCAAAUGGAUUCCAUGAUACACAAAAAAAUACUUAAGGAUUUAGACAAAACUUUUUUUUAUGAAAAAAGUUUAUCGUCGAGUCCACAUUUUUUGAUUUCGGAAAUAAUUUGAAGGAAUUAUAAGCAUGUAGGCUUACAACCUACAGGGGAUUUUUCCUAUAUUUCCUUAUUGCCAUUCAAUUCUAAAUGAUCUUGGCGGGAUUCUACCAGCUUGCGGCACUGUAACGCACACAAAUGUAUCUUCUGGUGUACUCGCUGUAGCAAACAGUAACACAUUGCAUGCGAACAUUUCUAAAAUGUCCGCGAAACUGCAACCGCCGUGUGCGAACAUCAUGCUAGCUGUGGACUUAAGUCAAGGCGUAAUUUUUAAUGGUGAAAUUCGCCGUAAAGAGCGAAAUAAUAAAAGAUUGAAUAUUAAUUUUUGCAUUUAAAUUAUCAUUCCAAAUAUGUUUAAUUUUAAAUUUAUUAAUAGCAAAUGAUUGUUUGCCAAUAAUAUCAUUUUGAUUAAGUAUAUAAAAACUUUUGACAUUCAAAAUAAUUGAAUUUUUUCAAAAUUUAAUUACAUGAUAAAAUUAUGUAUAUCUUUACGUCUUUAAACAUUUAAAAAAUGUAUAUCGAUUAAUCCGUCAACUAAUAAUUUGUUUAUAUUUAUAAAUUAUCAUAGUGAAUUUGAAAAAUGUUUUAGAAGUUCUAACUUCUUUUAAAUUAAUCAAAAUAUUAGUAAAUUUUUGAUAUUAUUGUAAAUUGAUACUAAAACUUUUGACUGAAAGUAUAACCAUUCCUCAAUUAUUUUAAUACACUAAACUCACAAAAACCAUUCGUUCAACAUAUCACCAUAAUAAAGCAUUUAUUAAAACUUUCACAAAUAAAUACCGAAUAAAUUAAGAAGUUCAAAAUCUUCUUUCUCCGAGUCUUUUUCCCAAACUAUGUUGGGGUCGGCUUCCAGUCUAACCGGAUUCAGCUAAGUACCAGUGCUUUACAAGGAGCGACUGCCUAUCUGACCUCAACCCAGUUACCCGGGCAACCCGAUACUCCUUGGUUAGACUGGUGUCAGACUUACUGGCUUCUGACUACCCGUAACUCCCUUGUCAUUUGUGGGACCUAAAUUCAAAAUGGCGCAUUUAACACUACAAAACAAAUUGUCAUAUCCAUGUGAAUAUUAAAUACACUUGAAAUCACAUUUCUUUAAUAAUAUAUCGACUUAAACCAUGUAAGUAUAAAGUAAAUACCUAAGUUUGUGUUUGUAUGUAAAAAAGUCACAAAGUUAAAAAACCUGUUUUGUAUUUUUUUUCUAUGUGUAUCAUUUUAAUUAUAGGGGAAAACUGUUGGGAAUUUGUCAGCGACUAAAAUAUGCGUCCAAAGAUGUAUGUAAUAUCACAAUUUAGAUAUAUAUUUUCUUGUAAAUAGUUGUAAAGCUACCUUCGUAAAAAUGACAGUCAUACACGCAUGUGGAUCGACGAACUUUUAUGUUCUUCUCUCGGUGCCAUUGAUAUGCAAAAAACCCAAGAUGCACAACGUCUCAAAAACGUCAUCACCAAAUGAGCGCAACAUUCAAAAUUGUGCGCUCAUUUUCUUUGUCCUAGCCUACCACUUCGGUCGUAAAAUUUUAUUGCUUUAACUACAGUGCGUUGUAAUCACGACUUUAAGCAAUUCGUGUAAAGUUGAACUUGCAAUAACAUAAGCUUGCAUAAGACUGUGCAUAUUAGGUUUUUGUAUAUCAAUGCUCGGUGCUGUCAGUACUGAGUGUCGUGCAUCGAGCACAUGUGUGUGUGAGUGACAUUGUUACGAACGUUAGUACAUAGCUUCACAACUGUUUACAGGAGAAUAUAUUGAAACUGUGGUAAUAUUGUAAGGUAUCACAGAAAAAAUAUACAUACUAGAAAAAUGUCUGGAUAUUGUCAAAACUGAAUUUGUCUUUGACAUAAUCUUGACAUUGUUACAUGUUUGAAAAAGUCGCUUAUUUUAAACCUCUGGCUAAUUUAAUAUUACUUGCUAAGCAAUCCUUUGGGUAAUGUAAAUAUUUCUGUCCCUGUCUUACUUUAAUGUUUCACAGUUUUUAGACAGAGACAGCGAUAUAUAAAAAUGUUUAAGUAAGUUGUAUUUUUUGUAAAUAUAUGACUCAAUUGUGUUUAUAGAACACUCGUACCACAAUUAUGAAGAAAUGUCUAGUUUAACAUUUUAUUUAUAUUAAAAUUUAUUGCCAUCAGCGGAAAAGACUAAUUUUAAUACUAUUAUAAAUAAUUUCUAAGUUUAUAUUUUUUUCGUGUCUUAUUAUUUUUAACUGGACUUUGUAAUAUUUGUUCUUUCUUUUGUAUAGCGAAACAAAGCACACUAAUUUUUAAUUUAGGCGAAAUAAAAUUAUAUUGAAUUUA